AUGUAUGACUUGGGCGGAAGCCCUUCCCAGUUCCGUUCGGAUGACAUAGUCAUUGAUGAUAACCCUCAUCUGGGUGUAGAAAACUAUCGAAUAUUAAGAUUUCUCGGAAAGGGAGGUUUCGCUGAAUGUUAUGCGGCUAAGGUUUUAAGUAAUGGAGCUGAUGUUGCUCUUAAGAUUGUGGAAAAGACUAAACUUAGGGAUUCUGGAUAUACAAAAAUGAAAAGAGAAAUCAGCAUUCAUAAGAUGGCCCUCCAUAAGAACAUCGUUUCAAUGUUAGACAGUUUCGAAGAUAGCAAGAACUUCUAUCUUGUUCUGGAAUUAUGUAAUUAUCAUAGCUUGCUGACCGUCAUAAACACAGCUUAUGGCCAACGUGGUACCUGUAUGAACAUGCACGUUGUCCGGAAUUAUUUAUAUGGAAUUCUUUCUGCUGUCGAUUAUUUAUUAGAUAGGAAUAUUCUUCAUCGAGACAUCAAGCCUGGAAACAUCUUCAUCGGAAAUGAUCGAGAAGUUAAACUAGGUGAUUUUGGAUUAGCCAUAGAGAUGAAAGAUCUUCACUCCGCUAGUGUUAGUGGAACUCCCAAUUACUUAGCUCCUGAGGUUCUUCAACGAAAAGGACACUCAGAAAGCAGUGAAGUCUGGUCUAUUGGUUGUCUCUUGUAUUGCAUGAUGACAGGCCUUCCCCCUUUCGAAACCGAGUCCAUAGAGAAAACUUACAUCAAAAUAGCACAUGGGGAUUAUAAAAUCACAAUGGGCAUUAAAGCUACACCAGUCGUAUCAGAAAUCAUUUCUCAAUGUUUGUCGGUUAAUCCCAAAUCUCGACCUCGAGUGAAAACGUUGUUACGUUAUCCUUGGUUCGUUGACAACCUGCCCAAAGACUCACAUAUGUCUCCUCGGUAUUUGACAAACCAAGCUGCUCUGACCAGAACAAAAAGUGUUGGAGACAUGUUGAAAGAUGCGAAUGGUAACUACUUCAAGUUCUCGAGACCAAAAUCAACUGUCGGCGGGUUGCAGGACAGUUCAUAUCUCAGCGACAGAACACGACGAAAAUCCAUCACAGGAUCUCAUGAUUCAGGCUUUGGUUCUGAAGUGGAUAUGUCUCGAAGGCCUUUGUUAAUGGAGAGAAUAACUCAAGUUCAAAAAGAUUUGCGGUCCAUUCUAGAAGGCCAUCUUACAUUAAUACCAUGUGCGUUUACUGGAAUUUAUAUAUCCAAAUGGGUUGACUACUCUAAUAGUCGUGGAUUUGCUUGUAAAUUAUCAGAUGGUUCAGUUACUGUGAAAUUCAAUGAGGGGUCUUGUCUCACUAUCCCACCUUAUUCGACUCGAUUCAUCUAUGCUAGUUCUCCUUUUUCGGUGCCUAAAAUCUGUGAUAUGUGUACAACAAGACCUUCCAUGGAAAGUCAACUGUUCGACACUGCUGUUGUAUAUGGAAGUUAUAUGGAUAAGGAGUUGGCUGGAGGCCAAACUAUCCCAUUCUUUAGAUUCUCGAUUGUAGAUGCUCCUUAUAUAGUUUAUUACCGUUUAUCGGCAGAUCAUUUAAUAGUUGUCCUAAGCGAUGGAACUAUACAGAUUAACUUAUUUAAUGAGAAAGUCAAAAUUAUACUGUGGAAAGAAACUGUUGAACAUGAUGGCCAUAUCUGUAUCACUUUCUUAACUCAAGGAUUUGAUAUGCAAACUUUCCGAGUCCAUCCACCAACUACAACCAACCCCUCCCUCAAGACGCCCAUGAUAUCACACUUGGAGGACUAUUUCCAACACAUAUCCACUAUAAUCUCUGCUAAUUGUGAUCUAAUCUCGCCUAAAAAGCCUCCUCUUUCCACUGAGUGUUAA